UUUAAAAAAGAAUCCAACAAGAACCGUUAUUGUGUUCAAUACGACGAUCACGCGAAAAUGGUUUCGUCGUCUUUGUGUUCGCUGGUGGAGCAUCAAAGUUUGGUGGACAUCGCGAUUAGAUGCGGAAAUAGCACAGUUCACGCUCACAAAUGCGUUUUAGCCGCCAAUAGCGGCUAUUUCCGUGAACAUUUAGAAAAGAAUUCCGGCGUCGAACAAAUCGUCGUUAACGGCUUGGAUUUUGCCGUCGUUAAAGCCCUCGUUGAGUUCAUGUAUUGCGGCGAAACGAACAUUGCCGAAGAAAACUUUAAAUUUUUUAUCGCCGCGGCGAAAAUGUUUGAGAUUCGCGGGGUCCAAGCUUUAGCAGCCGACAAUCAUUAUCAAAUAGAUGAAACCCUCCAAAUACCUCACCCAUUAUUUCUAACGAAGAAACCUAAAUAUUCGAGUACCUAUUUCCCUAUGAAUAACGUCAAUGUUAACCAAUCCUCCUCAAAUCCCGAUAAAAUAACCACAAUUCCGAGUGAUUCGACGAAUUUUCACCGGAAAUUAAAACGAAAAUAUAUGAAAUCAGAGGCGGAAAAAGCUUGCGCUAAAGAAGCCGCUGCAAGCCGGUUAGCUUUGGAAGCUUUACAAAAAGAAUUAGCAACAACCAAUCAAUUAAGUUCGUUCGUUAUUGAAGAUUCUUGUUCGGAAACGACGGUGGAAAACUUUAUUCCGCAUUCUGAAGAACCUUACAUUGAUAAUUUAAAUCAUCUUCAAGCAGUUCCUUUAGAAGUUGUUAAUUACGCCGAUUUGAAUCAAUCCGUUUUGAAUCAAUCUGUAUUAAAUCAAUCCGUGUUAAACCAAUCUGUGUUAAACCAAUCGGUUUUGAAUCCAGUUUUAAACUUAACAAAUCAAGUUUUAACAAAACCAAUAAACGUCCUUGGAAAUCCAGUUCUUCAAUACGAUAACGUUAACAGCCCAAGACUCCAAGAAGCAAUAACCGACAAAUUGAGACAAAUUUUUGGGGGAAACGUCCCAACGAACGUUGAGAUAAUGUUUAAAACGAACGAUGGGAGUUUUAUGAACGUCACCGACGAAGUCCUUCAAAACAUAACGAAAGAUUCGCUCCAAUAUCAAGUUAUUGACGAACAUGGAAGAGCCGGGGAAGUCCAAGAAUUAACGGUCAACACCAAAGACUCAAAUUUUACUCACAUCCCCGAAGUUGAAGAAGACCCGAUCGCAAAAUACGUAAAUCCAAUAGAAACGAUAACCGACAAUAACCAAAGCAUCAAAGAAAUCAAAAUCGAUGAUAUCAACUCAGACCAAAGUAUUCUAGAGGCGAUUAUUGAGAAUGAAAAGCGCGAAAACGAAUUGAAGUUUGUUUCGGUGAACGAUUUGAAUGAAAUUGAAACGUUAGAAAAGCUUAAAAAAGAUAAACAACAACAAUCAACGAUGGAUUUUUGCGAUGAAUUCUUAAACAGCACCUUGAUGGGCGAUAAUUUUUUGAAUAACAUCACCAUUAAUAACGUUCAAGAUGAUAACGGAGACGAAAUGUUAAAGAAAAUUCGCGAAGAUAACGAUUUAAGCCAAUUUUCUGAUAAAGAAAUUGAAAGUGUCAGAUUAGACGAAGAUGGGAAAUUGGACGAUAUCGAUGAGGAUAAAUUUGAUUUGAGGAAUAAGAGAAUGUUCACUAGAAAAAAGAAAUAAUUUGUUUAUAAUUAAAAUGUAUUUUGUAAUAAUUUGUUAAAAUUAAAAUUAU